UGUUUGAAAGGGACAGUUGGGUUGGACUUGCAUAUACAACCAGAGAUAAACCCCCAUUUAAAACAAAGCUACGACCGUGAAUCCCAUAAAUGCAUAAAAAAUACAAAGCAGGAGGAAGAAGAAGAAGCAGCCGAAACAGAAACAAAGAAACCACCAUGAAGGAGAAAAGUGAGAGCGGGGGAGGAGGGUAUGUAAGAGCAGAUCAGAUAGAUCUGAAGAGCUUGGAUGAGCAACUUCAGAGGCAUCUUAGUAGAGCAUGGACGAUGGAGAAGAACAAGAACAACAGGGAAGAUAAAGGAGAGGAAGGCGGCGGACAGCUGAGGCCUAGCAACACUGGGAGAAGACAAGAGUGGGAGAUUGAUCCUUCUAAGCUUAUCAUCAAAAGUGUUAUAGCUCGUGGCACUUUUGGAACCGUUCAUCGUGGGAUGUAUGAUGGCCAAGAUGUUGCUGUUAAACUUCUUGACUGGGGAGAAGAGGGCCACAGAUCCGAGGCCGAAAUAGCUUCACUUCGAGCAGCUUUUACUCAAGAGGUUGCGGUGUGGCAUAAGCUUAAUCAUCCUAAUGUAACAAAGUUUAUAGGGGCGACAAUGGGCUCAUCGGACCUGAACAUACAGAUGGAAAAUGGUCAAAUUGGCAUGCCAAUUUGUUGUGUUAUUGUGGAAUAUUGUCCUGGGGGUGCACUGAAAUCCUACUUGAUAAAGAAUCGGAGAAGGAAGUUGGCUUUUAAGGUAGUCAUUCAAUUGGCUGUAGAUCUUGCACGAGGGUUGAGCUAUCUUCACUCCCAAAAGAUUGUCCAUAGAGAUGUCAAGACAGAAAACAUGCUUCUGGACAAGACGCGUACCGUAAAGAUUGCUGAUUUCGGGGUUGCUCGACUCGAGGCUUCGAACCCUAAUGACAUGACCGGAGAGACUGGAACACUUGGUUAUAUGGCACCAGAGGUCCUUAACGGCAAUCCCUACAAUAGGAAGUGUGAUGUGUAUAGCUUCGGUAUCUGCUUAUGGGAGAUAUACUGCUGUGACAUGCCGUAUCCUGAUCUUAGCUUCUCGGAAGUGACAUCGGCUGUCGUCCGUCAGAAUCUGAGGCCGGAGAUACCUCGUUGCUGUCCGAGUUCUCUUGCAAAUGUAAUGAAAAGAUGCUGGGAUGCAAACCCCGACAAACGGCCGGAGAUGGACGAAGUGGUGUCGAUGUUGGAGGCGAUUGACACAUCAAAAGGCGGAGGCAUGAUUCCGCAUGAUCAAACUCAAGGUUGUUUGUGUUUUCGGAGAUACCGCGGACCUUGAUAUUGAAUUAAAUAUGGUAGCAGAGCUAAGUAACAUUCCAGUUUAUUCAUAUAUUUCAUUUGAAUUGGAAAGUAAGAGCUGAUGAAAGUAGACAGUUGUGGAGUUCAAUAUCUGCUAUUCCAGCAUCCAUAUGUCUCUUUUGGAUAAUGGGAACAGAGGCGGAAGGCAUUGGAAGUCGAGGUCUUGGCCCUUAAACAAUUUUGAUUUUUCAUAUUUUCUUUUCUUAA